GCGAUUGGGCCCAGGCGCCGCCCCGGUUGCCAUGCAGAUUACGGGCGGGCGCCAGCAGUGGUCCACCGGCGCUCUCGCUUCACUUUCAAACCGGCGCUCGCGCACCAUGAAGUUCGUCCGCUUCCUCAUGAAGAACGUGGCCCUGUCCAACGUGCCCAAGCACAUCGAUCACUUCUCCAAGUUCUCCCCCUCGCCGCUCUCCAUUAAGCAGUUUUUGGAUUUCGGCUCAACAAAUGCCUGUGAGAAGACAUCCUUUAUGUUUCUGAGGCAAGAGCUGCCUGUGAGACUGUCUAAUAUUAUGAAGGAAAUCAACCUUCUCCCAGACCGGCUACUUGGUACACCUUCCGUUCAGUUAGUUCAAAGCUGGUACGUCCAAAGUCUCUUGGAUAUUCUUGAGUUUUAUAAUCGGAACCCAAAUGAUCACCGUGUUUUAUCAGGUUUUACAGGUGCAUUAAUCACAAUCAGGAAUAGGCACAAUGAUGUUGUUCCUACCAUGGCUCAAGGUGUGAUUGAGUACAAAGAAUCAUUUUGUGAAGAUAGUGUCACCAGUCAGAAUGUGCAGUACUUUCUGGAUCGAUUCUACAUGAGCCGUAUUUCUAUUCGAAUGCUCAUCAAUCAACAUACACUCAUUUUUGAUGGCACAACAAAUCCGGCCCACCCAAAGCAUAUAGGCAGUAUUGAUCCUGACUGUGAAGUUGUUGAUGUUGUUAGAGAUGCAUAUGAAACUGCCAAGCUGCUUUGUGACCAAUAUUAUAUGGACUCUCCAACACUAGAAGUGGACCAACACAAUGCUGUAAGUGGUUCAGGAGCAGUCCAUAUCAUUUAUGUGCCAUCACAUCUGUACCACAUGCUGUUUGAACUUUUCAAGAAUGCCAUGAGAGCUACUGUGGAAAAUCAUGAAUUGAGUCCAAGUCUACCCCCCAUUAAAGUAAGAGUUUCACUGGGUGGAGAAGAUGUCACGAUAAAGAUGAGUGACAAAGGUGGUGGUGUCCCCUUGAGUAAGAUAGACCGGUUGUUCAGUUACAUGUACAGCACAGCUCCUACACCUCACUUGGGAACUUCUGGAGGUGCACCAUUGGCUGGUUUCGGCUAUGGGCUGCCAAUUUCAAGACUUUAUGCCAAGUACUUUCAAGGAGACCUUCAGCUCUAUUCAAUGGAGGGCUAUGGGACAGAUGCAGUUAUUUACCUAAAGGCUCUAUCAAAAGACUCAGUAGAAAGGCUACCGGUUUAUAACAAAUCUGCCUGGCGACACUACCAACAUAACCACGAGGCUGACGAUUGGUGUAUACCUAGUAGUGAUCCAAAGAAUUUGGCUGUACACAAGAUUCAACAUUGAUGCUCACAGUCACCAGUUCAGUGACAUGAAAAGGAAUAAAUGGAGUUCAAUCUCCAUGUCAGCCACAUAAUGUGAAUUUUAGAUACAACAUGGUUCUUUGCAGAGAACAGUAGAAUAGAGGGGAUUAUAGAAGUAUGUGAUCUCCUUGAGUGAUCAACUUUCAGUUGACACUGACUCUUUUUUAAUAUUACUAUUCAAUGUAGGGAGAACAUGCUUAUGUAGAAAGAGGGAGAAAAGGGUGGCACUGUAAACAUGUGAAUGCAUUCCAAGAUUAGAAAACCCAAUUGCAAGCACUCUGGGUCCUAUUCAAAACUCUGUGUUGAUACAUGGGAUUGUGGUCUGGUUAGCAAUGCCGCAGGGAGGAAUGGACUUUUCUUAUCUUUGAGGAAAACCACUUUUGAACAUCAGUUUCUUGUCUUGCAUAUUACAAAGAAACAUAAAAAAUUCCAAUUGUAAUAUGAAUUCAUUUCCCUUUAUGCUAUUGCUGUAAAUGCCAGUAAGAUAAACGUAGCUUUGAAAUCCCAAGUGGUAAAUAUGAUUGUAUUAUUAAAGUCAACUAUUUUUUUAGGUGUGUUGUAUUAAAUGGUUAGUCGGUUCUGAAGAUGGGUGCUCGUGAAAGGUUCUUGCCCUGCAUUGUAAUGUUAGGAAUAGGAUCCGAAACAUAGGAACAAGCAUAUGGCAUUCAGACUGUCAAGUUCGCUCUGUUGUUUCUGUUAACCAUACCAACACUAAUUCUAACUUUUAUGUCUUUUCACUGUUGCAAAAAUAUUCAGUAAUGAUAAUUUGAGGCAUGAUUCUGUCUUUCUGAUUUUUUUGGAGGUAAAAUGGAUUUGCUGAACUUUCAUUACAUGAUUACAUUUCUAUACUGUACAUUCUUUAGCAGGAAUGAACUAUUUUCCUUGUCAAUUUUCUUCAUUUUUAGAGACUUUGGCUGAAUGUCAAUACCUUUAUGCUUCCACUACUGACCUUGCAUCUCCAUUUUGAUAGGUUAGAUGCUUUUUUUCCCCAAGAUCAGGUAAUCAUCUUAACAUGGGAAAAUCAAGAAGAAUAUUCAGACCAAUACCAUGUGUAAUUGAAGUAAUUAUUCCUUUUAUAUUCUCAGCCAUUUUAUCAAAAAGCUCCCAACACUACCUCCCUUCCCACUUCUCCCCAUUUCCACCUGCUGGGCAGGGAAUUAUGAUCUAGGUAAUGCAUCUGCAAGAAAGAUAAUUUAACACAAUUGAAUUAAAUGUGCCAAUUUUUUAACUAAUUACCUGCUGCCUGAAAAUCUGCUCUCUAAAACUCUCUUCCUCUGCAUACUAUUAGCUGCAACAUUUUCUCUAUCCUGUUAUAAAAUUAUUUUUAAUAUAGUAAAGUGCAACAUGUUUAUUUGUAUAUUAAUUCUUAUGUGACUGUAUAUGUGCUUGAAAUAAUGUUCCAAAGAUUAUUACAUUGGUGUAGAAAGUGAAAUACCUGCCUUUCAAAAUGUGAAGCAUUUACUAAAGGGCCUGUCCCACUCAUGACCUUUUUCACUCGUGGACAUUUCAUCAUGCUAAAAAAAACGCCCCGACCUACUUGAUGCCACGCGUACCUACGACUAGCAUCAUGGCUUCCU